AUGCUGUUGCUGCAGAAGUGCAACAGUCGCUUGACGCAAACUUCUUCGAGACCUGAGGAUGGCCAGCAGCACCAAAAGAAAAAGAAUGGCAAAUUAAAGAUUUCUUCACUUCUUUCUUCCUUCUAUCCUAUCUUCCUUUCUUUCUCCUUCCUUCUUUCCUUCCUUCCUUCCUUUCUUUCUUUCUUUCUUUCUUUCUUCGAUUUUCUUUAUUUUUCUUUAUCACUCAAUUCUUUCGUUCAUCGGAACAAAGAUUUUUUUUUUUGCAACUUUUGUAAAUAUCAUACAUUAUUAAUUUUUUCUUUCCUGCUCCCUUUACAUCAUCCUUUUUCUUAUUUCAUUCUUUUUUCAUAUUGUUUCUUUUUUUUUUUUUUUUCCAUUUUAUUGCUUCUUUUUGUAAUCGGCUUUUUCCGUUGCCCUUCGUUCUUUUACUUUUCUCUUUUUUUCUUUACCGCUCUAAUUUUCCUUUUCUAUUUUCUUUCUCUCUUUUUCUUUACCUCUCUAAUUUGUCUUUCUAAAUUCUCUAAUUUGUCUUUCUUUCUUCUAUUUUCUUUCUCUUUUUUUCUUUACCGCUCUAAUUUUUCUUUCUUUUUCUAUUUUUCUCUCUUUUUUCUUUACCUCUCUAAUUAUUCUUUCUUUUGUCCAUUUUCUUUCUCUCUUUUUUUUUCUUUACCUCUCUCUUUCAAUCUUUAUUUAUUUCUUCUUUUGUACCUAACUUAUCACUGCUUCUUUAAUUCUUUUACUUGUUUUCUUUAUUCUUUCUUUUUCAACAUUCUUUAUUCCUUUCUUUCCUUGUUCAAAUCUAUCAUUCAUUUUUCCGUUAUCUAUCUAUCUAUCUAUCUAUCUCUAUAUAUAUGUAUAUAUAUAUAUCAGAGAUUAUUCACUAUCUAUCUAUUUGAGUCCAUUCACUUUCUAUCUAUCUAUCUGAGUCUAUUCACGAUCUAUCUAUCUAUCUAUCUAUCUAUCUAUCUAUCUAUCUAUCUAUCUGAGUUUAUUCACUAUCUAUCUAUCUAUCUAUCACAGUCUAUUCACUCUCUAUUUAUCUAUUUAUCGAUCUAUCUCAAUCUGUUCAUAUCUAUCUAUCUAUCUAUCUAUCUAUCUAUCUAUCUAUCUGUUCGUGUUCGGUAA